GGAGUGGCUGCGACGGGGGAUCCCAGCGCCCGGCCCAAAUUAGGUCAUUCCUGGGAAUUCCGAAAGCGAGACUUUUUCGCCCGGGAAGGGACGAACGAAAGAACGAGCGGGGCGAGAAGGAGGUCGAGACCUCUUGAACCCAGAAGACGCAAGGGCCGGGGUUUCGGGUCCGCACACGUGUCUGCUGGGCUUUUGCAAGUAGCGUGACUCCCUUGACCCUCUCAAGGUGCUAGUCCUUUUGAUUUCCUUCUGCAGCCCUACAGGUUGCAGAGUUUGCCCUGCUCUCGGUUGCCCAGAGGACACAAUGGGCUUGAAAGCCAGGCUCCUGCCGCGCGUGGUGCUGGUGCUCUGCCUGGGCGGCGCCCUGGGGGUCCCCACUUUCAGGAAGGAGAGGGCCGCCCACCCGGAGCCCCAGCUCAGCCAGCAGCAGCACGAAGACAACCAGAGCUUCCAGUACGACCACGAGGCCUUCCUGGGCAAAGAAGAAGCCAAAACAUUCGACCAGCUCACUCCUGAGGAGAGCAAGGAAAGGCUGGGGAAAAUUGUUGAUCGAAUAGAUGACAACAAAGAUGGUUUCGUCACAACAGAGGAAUUAAAAAAUUGGAUUAAAAGAGUUCAGAAACGCUACAUCUUUGAAAAUGUGGCAAAAGUCUGGAAGGAUUAUGACCUCAACAAAGAUAAUAAAAUUUCCUGGGACGAAUACAAACAAGCCACAUAUGGCUAUUACUUAGAAAAUCCAGUAGACUUCCAAGAUGCAACAGAGCAGCACAACUUUAAAAAAAUGCUACCUAGAGAUGAAAGAAGAUUCAAAAGAGCCGAUCUGGAUGGAGACUCUGAAGCCACUCGGGAGGAGUUCACAGCGUUCCUUCACCCUGAGGAGUUUGAGCAUAUGAAAGACAUUGUUGUUCAAGAAACCCUAGAAGACAUAGACAAAAAUGAAGAUGGAUUUGUAGAUCAAGAUGAGUAUAUUGCUGACAUGUUUGCACAUGAAGAUGGUGGACCAGAGCCCGACUGGGUAAUAACAGAACGAGAACAGUUUGCAGAUUUUCGAGAUCUGAACAAAGAUGGGAAGAUGGAUAAAGAGGAAAUUCGCCACUGGACUCUCCCACAGGACUAUGAUCAUGCACAGGCUGAAGCAAGGCACUUAGUCUAUGAAUCUGAUGUGGAUAAGGAUCAGAAGUUGACCAAAGAAGAGAUUAUAGACAACUGGAAUAUGUUUGUUGGAAGCCAAGCUACAAAUUAUGGGGAAGACCUCACAAAAAACCAUGAUGAGCUAUGAUGUUCUUUGAAAGGCAAAUGCAUCAGAGACUUGAGUCUGGUUUUCCUAUAUGUGACCAAAAUAACAGUGUUGUUUUGGCAGGCUGGUUUUGCACCAUUGUAUUUUUAAUUGAAUGCAGUAGUUACCACUUUUUUCAAAAGAACUUGCACAUUUUUAUGAUAGGUUUAGUUGUCAUUGUAAGACUUUCUGAUUGCAGCUUGAUACACUCUCACCUCAAUCCUAAAUGUGCGCUACCCACUCAAAUCAGUGGGGCUUGUCUAAACAGUAAGAUGGGACCAGUCUUUUAUGUGCCUGUGCCAUAUCAUACUAUAAGGCAGGAUGGGGCUGAAAUUUUGAAACUGCCUCAGAGCAUUCAGACUCAGUAUCUUAAGAAGAUAGGCUAGAUAUGGCCUAUGAUAUGUUAGUUUUCUUUGUGCAGGAAUCAUGUUUCUAUGUGUAAUUUCACAUUUUGAUUUCCCUGCCUGUAGACCACUAACAUCAACGAGAUUGCCAAUUAUAGAAAGCUGUCUUUCCCAAGCCAAUGUUUGGAAUAAAGCACCCAACAUCCUCACUAGUAUGACUGGGGGCAACAGGACUUGUAGUCUGACUCAACCAGAGGCUACUAGUUAGAGGAGGCUGGUGUACAACAAUUAUUAAUUUUAGUUGUAACCCCAGAUAUUAUUUGUGGAGGAGGAGUGCAACAAGAAGUUGUGUAAGUCCUGUUGCACUUUCAGUGAUGCAGUGAGCUGACAGGUGGUCAAAGCUGCCAUCUCAGUCAUUAUAAGGUGGCUAUCUCACACCACUCCAUCCCUUGUAUACUGAUGGUGGGGCUUAAAGAGAGGCACUAGAGAGCUGGUUUUGGAUUUGGGUCUUUCUUGAAAUGUUGUUAUGUGCCUUCAAGUCAACUCAGAAUUUUAGCUACCCUUCAUCUAAGAUUGAGAAUGUUUUUUGCCCAAGGUCACCCAGUGAGUUUCCAUGGCUGAGUGGAGAUGUGAACCCUGAUCUCUUUGAAUUCUAGUCCAACAGCCAAACCCAUUAUGCCACAUUGGCUGUCCAUGUUCUUGAAAUGUAACAAAGAUAAUUCCAGCAUUCUUCAGAAUGUGCGUAACUGUGUAUACACAUAUAUUUAUACAAACACAUAUUCCUACAGGAACAUAGCCACAGGUUUCUGCUAUCUCCCCUGCUUUCUUUGAGGCACAAAUGGCAGUGGGUGGAGGGCUUCAGGUGUUUUAUGGUGAGCCCAGGGUAUGGUAAUGGCUCGGCAUAGCAUAAUUCCACAUGCAAAACUCGUACACUACACUUAGCCAUGCAGGAUUGCAGCCAAAAUAUGCUGACUCUGAGCAGUCUAUUUCUCUACUGCCUUUCUUCAUCGCUGCUAUGCCUUCUCCUGUUGUCAUUGCUUAGGCCAGCAUAAUUGAACCAUUAUAAUAUAUCAGCAGAAUACCAACUUGUCCAGAGUCUGUGUGUUAAUGCAAAGGACUCUUCAAUUUCCAUGUUUAAUUAGAUACAUGAAGGUUUCCCAAUCACCCCAUGGAGGGUCUGGUGAUGUCCUUAUUCAACCAUAUACCAUUCACUGGGUGAAUAUCAUACACAUUAUCGACAGUGAUCCAUAUCUCCCCAUAUAUGUAUCCAAGUGAGGGGAGAAAAUAUUUUGAGUGGAGUAAUUCUAUUGAACUCCUGCCUUGGCACAAAAAUAUAACCCUACCAUUAUACCAGUGCAUGUUGCAAACAUUUCAAAAACAGUAUCAACAAAUUAUAAGCUUUGCUUGAUCAACGUCUACUGCAAAGCUGCUACUUUCUGCAUAUUCACCAUGUUAGACAGAAUGAUUUAUAUCAGGAUUGGUUGUGUGUGUGUGUGUGUGUGUGUGGUUUUGCUGAAUUGCUUAUUAUGUGUGAAUAGCAGUAAUUUCAGUGGCAAGGAAACAAUGUAGAGGCAGUCCCCAAGUCAUGAACAAGAUAGGUUAUGUAGGUUUGUUCUUAAGUUGAAUUUGUUUAUAAAUAUGAAUAAGUAUAUUUUUAAGUACAACUCCAGCCAACACACACACAUGCAUGCAUGGUUUGGAUAGCAUAAUGAAGGGUUAACACCACUGCAGUGUUUGUUUUGCUGUCUGUGUCCCUGUUCAAAACAUUUCAUAACACUUUCUAUCCCUGAAUUUUGAAAAAUUUGGCUUAUUGUGGAAACAAGGAUUGGCGAGAAUGCUUCAGUGGAGACACCUUUUCCCCAUGAUAACUCUUCCAGGAGUGAAUUUCUCUUCCUAGGGGUAUAUUUCUCUCACAUCCUGUUGUCUCAUCCCUGUUUGUAACUAUGAGUCAUUUGUAAAUCAGAUGUUUGUAACUUGGAGACCACCUGUAUUACCAACCAGCUCUUUUGUUUGGGCUGUAGAAGAAUUCUUACAUGAUUCUCAGUUGGUGGCUGUGUACUUAUGUAUAUACAGAGAAAGAUAUGCAUUGCCACUUUAAGGAAAUGUUCUGUUAUCAACUACUAUAAGCUUUUAACUUUGCUGUAUUUUAUGAAACCUAUCAGCUCUGCCAUGUACAACUGUAUUUUUUCUGCCUGUACUGACUUGAAGAUAUAUAUGAACAAUAAAUGGGCAACUUUUGGGAGUAAUUGA